AUCACAAGAACUAUUCUCAAUUGUCAAGCAGGUUGUUUAGCUGUAACUGAAUGUGCAGCAGCAAGUUUUCAUCGAUCAACGUCUAAUUGUGAACUAUUUACUGAUAUGCCAAAUGAAAUUGCACAUAUGCAGACUGAUACCGACAUUACUACUAUGAUUGUUAUUACUGGAACACGAUCUCCACCUGAACCGACUACGACAGCAUCAACAACAACAUCGUCAUCGUCAUUCACAUCAUCGUCAACUACAACAAGCACAUCAACAUCAACUACAACAAGCACAUCAACAUCAACAUCAACAUCAACAACAACUACAACACCAACAACAACAACAACCACGAGCACCACAACAACCACAACAACCAUUACAACAACAACAAUAACAACAACCACAACUACAACCACAACAACUGGUAAAUGA